AUGGUUUGGUCGCCCAAAAUGGACCUCAUGGCGUUGGCAAAUGUGCAAGGGGAGGUUGUGCUACAUCGACUUUCUUGGCAGAAGGUUUGGACCAUUCCUGCACCAGCAGAUAAUGUAACAGUUGGAACCUUAGCUUGGCGUCCAGAUGGUCGAGUGUUGGCUGUAGGUUACAGCAAUGGGACAGUUUGUCUUCGGCAUAUUGAGAAUGCUGAUGUUCUGCAUGAAGUUGACAUUCAAGAAAAAGUCACCAGUAUGAACUGGGUAUCUCAGGAAUUUCCUGAGGGAGAGUUGUGGUCUCCAGGAAUUUAUCCAGAAGAUAAUUCUGUUCAUUAUCUUCCAAAGUUAGAACCACUUAAUAAAAGUUACAACUCCCUUCCCAAGGGACAUCAAGAAGAAAAUGUUGAAGAUGCUAAAAAAGUGAAAAAUCAAAAAGAAUUAAAUCUGCUGGUUGUUGGUUCUGGCUGUGGAAAUGUCUAUCUUUUUGCUUAUGGAAUUUUUCCUUCUGGCUCCGUGAUUCUUAUGCAUCUGGACAUUGAAAAUAAGAAACGUCAAGUUAAAUCAGCCAUGAUUUCACAAGACCUUUAUACACUGUGGCUAGUUCUAGAAGUUAGUGAAGAGGAAUCAGAAACAUUCCAUUAUUAUCUGGUAUCAAUUGACACAACCCUGUUGGCUUCCAGGCACAAAGAACUUCGACUUCUUGCUCUCAAAUACGCUGAACUUUCUUCUCUCUUAGAAUAUCUCAACUCAACCAUCCAGCAAAUGACAGAAGCCUGGGAAGACAUCCUCAUGGAAAUGGAUGACAAGCUUUUAAAAUUUGCUGAGGAGAAGAAAAAGCAGUGUGGAAAUUCUCGACCAGCUGUAUCCGUUUCUACAGAUUUUCUGGAAAUGUUGCUGAUGGGAAAAGCAAGUACUGAACUUCGUUUAUUCCUUCUUCAUGAAUUGACAGAGAAGGGACUGAAAAAACUUGGUUUGUCUAUAGAAUCAUCAUAUCUUAGUAUCCAGAAAUUGGUGACUCGUCUUCAGAAUGUUGGAGUGUCCAUUGUGAGCCAUUUGAGUGACCUGCAUGGAAUGUCUAUGUGGUAUGACCGAUUUGGAGUGGUUGGGCUAACCGAGAAGAGUUUGCAUGAAGCAGUUAUGGCUGCUGGAACCUUCAUGCUGAAAGCCAGUGAAUUGCAUCAGGUGAUUGACAGAAGCAUCAAGAGUUUGAAAGCAUUUUUCAGAUGGCUUUAUGUUGUUAUUUUGAGGCUUGGAGGUGACCAACCACCAGCCCAGGAAACAAGCAAGAUGACACAGCAUGAUUUCAAUUUUGUUGCCGAGUUCAUCAGAGAUAAUUUUGAUCAAUUAACACUUGAUGAAGAUGAUGCCAAAAAACCUGGAUUCAAACUUAUAAAAAAUAUUAUAUAUAAAAAGGAAGACUUGCAGUUUCCAGCUGAUAAUUCUAAGAACCCUUGGAUAAAAUUUUGUGAUCGUGAACCUGUCAUGGAUGUAAACACAUUUCUGUACCCUGUGAAACCAAAUAAAUCACUAGUUCAGGUGCAACAAAUUUUAGAAGAUAAAGUUGAAGUUGCUCUCACCAAACCAACAACUGUCAUUGGAAGGGAAUGUCACUGUACACGUUUACUCAAGUUAUUCUCUUCACAGCAUCAGCUCAAGAAAGAGGUUGAGUUGCUUCCACGGAUUGCACAAUUUUCUGUCACUAAUGGAAGCCAGUUGUACACUGUGUUCACUACUACGACACUACCUUGUGAUAACCUUUACAUUAUCCGAACUCCAGAUACCUCCGACAGACCCAAAGAUUCUUUUCAAGUUGCAUCGAUUUGUAUCAAAUCACUUGGCCCACCAGAAGAGCAAGAGGAAGAGCAAGAGUCUGAUGCACACAAGGACAGCUCUUUGAAUACAUCCAUGUAA